CUGUAAGCCUUAGAACCCAGCUGUUGCCAGGGCAACGGGGCAAUACCUGUCUCUCCAGAGAUGAAGUUGCCAGGGUAACUGCAUCCUGUCAUUCUUUCCUGGGGACCAUCCGGAAUGCGGCACCCACUGGCCGUUACCAUGGCAACUGCCUUUUUGCCCCACUUAAUCCUAUCCCGUCUGCUACAAGGGCCCCACAGUUGGAGGUGGGGGAGGUGGGAAGAGAAAAGAUCACUUGUGGAUGAAGUUUGUUCUAUUCCACCUCCUCCAGCCCCUCCUUGGGUCCGUCACCCCAGGGGUGCUGGGUCCAUCCACCCCCAGGCCCACACAGGCUUGCAGUAUUGUGUUCAGUAUGGCCAGGGCGUCCGAGAGCAGGUUUCGCAGUGGAAGGCAGGCAGGUGUUGGGGAGGCAGUUACCGGGGCAACGGGAACAGGGCGUUUCGGAGGUGGUUGCCAUGGGGACCUGGAUGCUGACGAAGGCUCGCGAGGCUGUGAGCAGCCACAGUGCCCUGCUCAGAAGCCCCGGGCUCGUCAGUCAAGCCGGUUCUCUGUUUGCACUUGGCAGCACGGGCAGGCGAGUGGCCCCUAGGUCCGGGAGCAGAGCAGCAGUGCCCCAGUCCUGGUCCCCCAGUCCCAAGCCUCGCCUGCCUGCCCAGCGCCAGGAUGGCCACCAUCACCUGCACCCGCUUCACGGAAGAGUACCAGCUCUUCGAGGAAUUGGGCAAGGGAGCGUUCUCGGUGGUGCGAAGGUGUGUGAAGGUGCUGGCUGGCCAAGAGUACGCUGCCAAGAUCAUCAACACCAAGAAGCUGUCAGCCAGAGACCAUCAGAAGCUGGAGCGUGAAGCCCGCAUCUGCCGCCUGCUGAAGCACCCCAACAUCGGUGAGCCUUACAGGACGAGAGGGGCGCGGUGGGGGGCAGGCCCUGCUCCCUGCCCACCCUGGCAAGUGGGUGUUUGCGGGUUGGGUGGAGAGCAGCUGCUCUCUUCUCCGGGGAUAGAGGCAGCAGAGAUGGGAAAGGGGGCGUCUUUAAUGGUUUCCACAUUCCUCAGAGCCAGCUUGUUUCGGGGGAGGGGGCAAGCUCCAACUCAGGCCCUGGCCCACAGGCCGGGCACGGGCUGCGAGGAGAGGCUGGGCCACUGUGGGCUGGGACAGAGCCAGAGCAGCAGCACCCAUGGGGGUGGGCUCUGA